ACUUUAAAACUAUAUCUUCUUUCUUGAUUCUCUUACAGAUUUUGCUCCUUCAAAAAAUUAUAUUUAACUAAUAACUUAUCGCCCAAAAAACUAAGCUCUAGUUAAGUUUUUAUUUUUCUCCUCAAAUUCUAGCCGAGUUCUUAAAACUUGUCAAAGACUCAAAGUACAUAAUUCUAAUAUUAUUAACAAGAACAAUUACUAUUUUCCAGUAAUUGUUAGAAUAGAACUUCACAUAAAUCUUCAAAGAAAAUUUCUCAUACGCCACAGGUCCUGUGCUCUCUGUCUCGCUGCAAGAUUUCUUUCUACACAGGAAGUAUAUGUUUAUAGUGUCAAAAUUGGAGUCAUAGCUGGAGCCGGUAAGAUUGAAGCUGCCUACCAACUGUUCGAUAAAAUGCCAACAAAGGACGUUAUCGGGUGGAAUGCUAUCGGAACUACCUGCUGGCAAAAUGGGUGUCUCCAAGAAUCAAAGAGACUUUUUGAAUUGAUGCCUCUGAGGAAUUUAGUGUCAUGGAAUUGACGAUUGCCGGAUGCGUCGAGAAUGGGAUGGUCGAUGAGGCAUUCGGCUUGUUCCGGGAGAUAUGCCUUAAGAGAAUGGGAUGGUCAAUUACGUUUUGGAACGCGACGAUAUCUGGUUUUGUCAGAUAUGAGCGUGUAGAGGAGGCUAGUCGACUUUUGAAGAGAUGCAAGGGGGAUUGUGAUAGCUUAUACGGCCAUGAUACAUGGGUACGGUAUACGAAGAUAGGGGAGGUUGAGAGGGCGAGGCAGUUGUUUGUUUGAUUGCGAAGAAGAAUCAGCCAUUGUUUGUAGCUAAGGCAAUCCUUGCAUCAAUCUAUUGCAAAAAGGAGGAACAAUCUUAUAUCUGAAAUCCAUCAGAUUUCACGCAACUCUCCUUAAACGACAAAUUUAUCUGAGAAUCGAUUGCAAGAGUUUCGGAGAUCCAACGUCAUAUGACGCAGAUUGACGAGGAGCUGAUGAAAAUGAAGGAGAGACUGGGUGUGGCGGAGGAAGAAAGAGAUCGAGCACUUGGCCAACUUGGAGAAAUAAAGGAGGUUACAGAGGCCAAUUCCCUUAAGGAAUUGUUAUCAAAUAUGGCUCAACAAUUGAAGGAGAAAGAUGCACUAUUGGAGAAGUUGAAAGAGGAAUUGAGUAAUUUCAAAGCCACUGAUGCUUGCCAAUCUGAUUUAUCGUUAAGAAGCGAUAACCGAAUUCAAGAACUUGAGGCAGAUGUAGACAAAUGGAAGAAUUCUGAAACAAAAUUGUUGGUUUCAUUUGCUGCUCAGACAAAACAGCUGGAGCAGACUAAGAUUUCCCUAGAAGAAUCAAAGCUUGAAAUUUCUUCGCUUCAAGAGAAGGUGAAGAAAUCAUCAGGGCAGAAGUCCAAUGAUCUUCAUCCUUCAAUGAAGGAUCUUCGACCUUCAAUGAAGGAAGCAUUAGAGAGUUUCAAGUCUGAGCUUCAAACGGCAAAACAGAUUUUGGUUCAAGCCAAAGAGGGCGAGAAACUCGCUUUGUCGAAAGCUGCGAGCUUACUGAAGGAGAUGGACUUGCUUAAACAAGAACUGAAGAUAGCGACUGAAGCCGAGGAAAUCAGCAAAAAGGCCAUGGAUGACUUAGCUAUGGCAUUGAAGGAAGUCGCGACCAAAGCCAAACAGGUAAAUGAGAAACGUACCUCGACCCAAGAAGAGGUAGAGAAUCUAAAAUCAAAAUUAAAGAGCACUGAAGAUGAAUACAAAACCCGCUUAGAUGAAGUAAGGAAAGACGCUGAUCGAUUCAGAAACACGUCGGAGAGGCUAAGACUUGAAGCCGAGGAGACUCUUUUGGCAUGGAAUGAGAAAGAGACUGGCUUUGUUAAUUGCAUAAAGAGGGUUGAAGAGGAAAAAGCAUCUUUAAUAGAGGAGAACAACACGCUUCUUCAAGCACUAACUGGGGCAGAAAAUCUGACCCGGAAAGCGAAGGACGAGAAUCACAAGCUGCGAGACAUACUUAAGCAGGCCUUGAAUGAAUCCAAUGUUGCAAAAGAAGCUGCAGCGAUUGCAAGAGCAGAAAACUCUCAACUUAAAGACGUCUUAGCUGAAAAAGAUGAUGCCUUGGAUUUUAUUAUUAGAGAGAAUGAAAACCUUAGAGUCAAUGAAGCUUCUGCGCUAGAGAACAUCAAAGAUUUGAAGCGAUUGCUUGCGGAAUCAUCACCAAAGGACUCAAAACCCGGUGAGAAAGAUAAAGAGCAAGGAAGUAAAGCCAAUCAACAGCAACAGAAGUCCCAGGGUAAGGGGAAAAAAGACAAUAAGGAACACAAGGAACAGAAGGACAGUGAGGAACACAAAGACGAUAAGGAACACAAAGAUAUCAAGAAUACGAUUUGGAAAACAAUUAGUUUCAAUCUGAAGGAUCUAAAAAUACAAACUCACAAAGAGGCCGUAGAUGAUGAACACCAAAAAACUCAGACCAAACACAAGGCGGAAGAACCACAAGAUGAAGGUGACGAUGAGGCGACACCAGAAACUGAUGACAUGAUGAAGGGUUCGAUAUUUGACAUGGCAGAGACUCCGGUUUCAAAUACUGAGCAUCAUCGUAAGAAGUCUUCUUCGACGUUCACAUUCACUGUAGAUGGAGAGACAUUAUCUUCAGAGGAUUUGGAGCAUCUUGAGGGCACUCAUUGUGAUGAUGAGAAUGACAGAAACUCAAGAAAAAAGAGGGCAUUGCUACGAAGAUUUGGAGAUAUCCUAAGGAGAAGAAGUUUUCAUUGAGAAAAAAUCUUCAUCCAUUAUCACUUUUUUUUGGGGGGCUAGUUUUUUUCAAACAUAAUUUUGAUUUUAUAA